CGCCCCCUCUGGCACCAUGCCCGAGUGACACGCCUCGGGGUAACAUGACUGCCACUGACGCUUCACCAAGGAACCAGUUCCCCGCGUGGGGGAGCCGUUUUGUAAAUGAACGCCGCCUGCGAAACGGAAGAACGCGACGGUAAAAUUAGACCGCUUCAACGGCCGGGUGCCCAACGGUGUCAACAGUUCCUCAGAGUGAGUGCCGGGAGCUGGUUGGCCGGUGUUGUGGGUGGGCAGUGGACGGUUUGGGGAGAAUGUGCUGCCACCUCGCUCCUCCUCAAAAAGUGCCAUAUGGAGUAUUAGGACGGUGUGUGGAGAGAGACCCGGGGGUGACUGCAUCUGGGGGGAUUUGGACGAGGUGUAGGCUGCGACCGGUGACCUCUGGUCGCCCCCUCCCCCCGUGUGAGUCCCCGGUGAUGCGCGAUGUUACGUACACCGGCUCACCUUGACGUUAUUCCCGUGCCUGUCUCUCUCCGUGCGGCUUCCGCAUCCUGAUGUCAAAUAGUUCUUCGCUUACUGAGUGCUCUCUGUAGGGCUGCAGGGAGAGCACUCACCACCUCCCAGGCCUGUUAGAACUCUGCUUAUAGUUUUGUUUUUAUUUAGUUUUUUUAGUAAACUAUGAAGAGACUCUCAAAAGGAUUUCUGAGCAAUUGUGAUUGCUGCUGUCUGUAAGAUCGAGGCCCCAAAAUAGUUUGUAGCAAAGGAGUCUCGCUCCCUCUGAGUUAGUACAAAUUCACCCCACAGCUUGCUAAAGUGUGAUCUCUGUCCACACUGUGUGUGUGUGAUAUUGUUUGACAUGGCGCUUGUCCUCAUCCAUAGUGGUGUAUAUAAUAACCAUAAACACCAUAAACAUUUUAAUAAAGCCAUAUAAAGGAGAUAAUUCAGCAUGGUGAGUGUUCAUGUUACGGUGAAUUCGUGGGGGAUGGGGGAGGUUGUAGAGAGAGAGAGUGAGAUAAUUGUAUAUGUGACAUUAUAUGCAGCCUUUUGAAAAUAAAUUGUAGAGGACUGGAAGUGUGCACAAGAGUGAUAAAUAAUUUUGUACUUUAAGAAUGGAAGUUAAAGGCCAAACAAGAUAAGGAUGUGCUGGCUGACUUUUUGCGGAUUAUAAAGAAGGUAUUAAUUGUGAUUGACAUUUUUAUUUUGCUAAAAACUUUAUAAUGAAGGCAUUCAUGUUUUGGCCAGUUUAAUAGUGGUGUCGAGCGCUUGUGAUAGUGUAAUGUUUUCGUUACAUUCCUGUAUAGAUUUAUUUUAUUACACCUUUACUAUGUGUAUUUUGUUUAACAUCUAUGCAAUACUAAGCCCUUUGUUAAUCAAAAUAUCUGGCGGAUACAAAUACAAAUCCAGUUCUUCUAUAUGAAUAUUAUUAUUAUUUAAAUAUGACUGAGGUUUUCACCGGAUGACUGUAUAAUUCUGUAAAUAGAAAUUGCUUGUUUUGUUUAAAGAAAUAUUGCUCCUCAAGUGCAAAUACUUAAAGGGAUCCUAUAGUGCCAGGAAAACCCAUUUUCCUGGCACUAUAGGCUCUUGGAGUGCCCCCCUCCCUCAGCGCAGAAGGGGUUAAAUCCCCUUCAGCCACUUACUUUAAUUCCCCACUCCCCCCCCAAGUGAGGACGUCCAGCAUCAAAUAAGUGCAAUUUACUCUGCUAUGUUUUCAGCUGCAGGUUUAAAACUAGGGGGACCUGGCACUUAGAGCACUUCAUUGAGCUGACUUGGUCUGGGUGCCUAUAGUGGUCUUUUAAAAGCUUAAAGGCACAGUAUAAUGUCAGGAAUACAAACAUGUAUUCUUGACACUGUAAUGUUAAUGAACUAUUUUAGUAUCUGCCGCCACUGCCCAGAUCGCAGUAAAAAAUGUUUAAAGGGAUAUUAUGGUGUUAGUAAUACAAAUUCCUAGCACUGUAAGAUAGCCCUCUGCCUCCCCCCUCCAUUGCAGCCCUCAGCCAAUAAAGGGUUAAAAAAACACACCUUAUUUACUUAAUGUUGGGUCGGCCGCUCCUUUUCCUCAGACACCAUCUAGUUGGGUGGGGGGAGGGAGGGGGCACUAAUGCACGUGCUCCAAUGCUUUACCAUAGGGAUUUCACUGAUGCUGGAUGUCCUCAUGCAGAGCGUGAGGACGUCAACUGAUCUAACAUAGCCUAGCUAGCAGGAAUCGUCUCUAGUGGCUGUCAGGUAUACCGCUACGAGAGGCUGUCUUAGUGCUGCAAUGUAAAAAUUGCAGUUUCUCCAUAUUAAAUGGCUAUGUAUGACAGUGACACUGAACACAGACCCAUUUAAUGAGCUGAAGUGGUCUGGGUGCCUAUAGUGUCCCUGUAAACUUAACUCUUUUUUUUUUUUUUUCCACACUUGUCCCUGCUUGGCUCCACCUCCAUAACUGAGAUAGUUAAUCUUGAUGAUCUCAGCCAAUCUUAUGCAUUCCCAUAGAAAACCAUUGGGAAGCUAUUGCACAUGCUCUGCAAAAUGCUGCACUGCACCAGUCAGCAUCUCCUUAUAGAGAUUUAUUGAAUCAGUGCAUCUCUAUGGGAAGUGUUCAGACGGAAAGCACCUCUAGUGGCUGUCUGAGUGUCUGCCACUAGAGGUGUUACUAGGCAGCAAUAUAAACACUGACUUAUCUAAAAAUGUGGUAUUUAUAGAGCUCAACAUGCUAUAGAUACAACCACCACUACAGGAUGGGGGUCUGGUGACUGUAGUGUUCCUUCAACAUGGAUCUAAUUUAAACUAAAGUCUACCUAUUUGAAUACAUGUUUAUCUGGCAGGUGAACAUUAUAAAGAGCUUUUUUUUUUUUUUUAAUAUCCAGUGUAUAGUGUGUUAAUCUCCCUUGGAAAUGCUUUGUCAGAUUUAACACAAAGCAACUUUACAUUCAAGUAUAAAUUUGCAUAAAUAAUUUUUCAAAAAAUGUUUGCUCUCUUUCCGUUCGUAACUAUGAAGCAAAGUGCAGAUGAGCUAUCCUUUUUCUUUAGGAAGAAGUUGCAGUAGCAUUUCAUCAUCUUGCUGUAUUUGUUCAUACAUGCUAGACAUGUUUUGUAGUCCGAUUUAUUGUCAGAGGUCCACACGUUAUUACAUAAUAUUCCAUCUGAUAUCUUGAAUAGUUUUUGACAAACGUUUUGAAGACAUCUGCAGUGUAAAACCAGUCUGCAUCAUUAGAAAAAGGAGUUCUGUAUGAAAGUAAGAAAGAGAAAAAAAACAUUGUUUUUUUUUAAGAUAUACCAUGAUUGAGUGUGCUUUAUUGAUGUUUGUAUUGGAAUCAAGAAUGCUGAGGCAGAAUAUGCAACAAAUAUUAAAAUGCUAUGUAUUAUCACUAAAGGUUAUGAAUCUGCAAUGGCUAGCUUUUCCUUUGCUCAUAGAAAAGUAAAAAUAUUGUUAUACCACUUUGUGUAUUUAAAUGGUGAUACAUCCAUUGUUCAUAAAACAGAGUGGCGUGGGAGUGCACACCUUAAAUUCUUAAUUCAAUGAAGGCUAGUGUGAAGUUGUUAGACAAUUCCAUAAUUAUAAUAGUCCAUAUGCUAAGUUUUCAUGUGAAUAAAGUUUAGAGAAAACGGAAACUUUGAAGUUGUUUUUUUUUUUUUUGUUUAUACUAACAAGAGAAAAGUUCUCCCAAGAAAAAGCUGGUGGCAGGAGUGUAGAGGAACAGCAUAUGGCAUUAAAAGGAGCACAGCUGGAGGUAGCAUUUCCAUCUGAACAUGAUGUCAGAGCAGCUGACAGCUUGCCAUCCCUCAGCCUUUUAUUCUAACACACAGACAGGGAGUCAGUGUUUGCAAAGCUGUGUGGGGAGAAGGUAUCUCAUUCCUCUCUAACAUCAUCUCCACUUUGCAUCUGUUUCUGUUAGUCUAGGGUUUUUUGUUUUUUGGGGGUUUUUUUUUUUCUUCCUGUUUUAACUCCUACCCCUAUCCCUGUACUAACCCAAAGACCUGAAAUCAGCACGGCUGAAGAGGUACUCAAUCAGGUUUAUGUAUUCAAAAGGUAGGAUUUCUGGUAGGUGAAAUAUGUAAUGUGCUGUCUGACCCUUUUAUUUUGUGUUUAAAAUUGUUAUAAAUGAGAUCUAGUUUAUAAUUCAUAGUUAAGAAAUAUAUAUAUUUUGGGGGGUGGGGAGCUAAUUUAAAAUAUAUUUUUUUUGUUUUGUGUCUAUUUCCAUAAUGUAGAAGAGUGAAAUGGUGUGCACAAAGUUGCAAUCAAUAGAUGAGGUUGAGUUGUAAGUUUAAAUUUCUCAAAAAAAAAAAAUAUUUUCAACCUGUAAAUAAUUUUACUGUCUUUGAAGAAAUGUAAAGUCUCCUUUUUUUUCCCCCUCUUUGGAUUUGUUGGACUGGUGUCUAUGCAUGCUAACUAAUUUUAAAACUUGUAGAUUUGAGCUGCCUGAAUUGGCCAGACAGCUGUAAUCGCACUCCUCUAUUCUUAAUCUCUUUAUCUGGGCAGCAGCUGCCAUAUGGCCACCGUCAGCUGGAUCAGAUGUUUAUAAGCUUCCUUCUUCGUCCCUCUGUCUUUUCAGUCUCCUAAUUUGAUCACAGCUACCUUGUGAGCUGCCCUCCAAUCUUUAUUUUUAGUCCUCCUUAAGGAUUAGGAUUGAUGUGGGUUAUAAGGCUCUUAGAGUGAUUGUAUUUGUACAUCUUGUUCAUUUUAGUAUAUUUCCCCCCCCCCCAAAAAAAAACUAAUGUCCUAUAAAAGAAACAAAAUGUCUCAUUAGUUGCACAUUAAUUCUAGGCUUAUUAAAAUAGUCCAGCAUUGGCAUGCAUGUUAUGUUAAAGAUUUUCCCUUUUUCGUUUGUUUAUAGAGACCAUAAGCUAUAAUUUAUCAAAUUGUGCACAAUGUUUUACUUUUCUUGAUUUAGAGAUUAACAAAAUGUAGUAUUCUGUUAAAGAAGCAAACUCCACACCCGUGUAUGCAUAUUUUGUUUAGGUCUCUUCAGUGCUAAAAUGUAACCAUAUUUGCAUUUGAAUAAGUAAUUAGAGCAACAGUUGAAGCUUUGAUAUGUUUUAUUGCAUGUUUAAGUAGUUUGCAUAGAACAUAAUUAACAUUGAAGAUUCAUAAUUAGCCCAUGUUUUAUUAAAAUAUUUUAUUUUGUGUUAUAGUAUUUCUUGUGAUCCUAAUAUUUAUGUAUAAUUUUUUUUUCGCCUCAAUUUAGGCAAUGAAGACAGGAUGGAGUUUCCAGAGCAUAGCAGACAUUUACUACAAUGCUUAAGUGAGCAGAGGCUUCAAGGUUUUCUUUGUGACUGCACGGUGCUUGUCGGAGAUGCCCAUUUUAGAGCACAUAGGGCCGUACUGGCUUCCUGCAGCAUGUAUUUUCACCUCUUUUAUAAAGACCAACUAGACAAAAGAGACCUUGUUCAUUUGAACAGUGACAUUGUUACAGCUCCAGCUUUCACACUCCUGCUUGAAUUCAUGUAUGAAGGAAAACUCCACUUCAAAGAUCUUCCAGUUGAAGAUGUGCUUGCAGCUGCCAGCUAUCUCCACAUGUAUGACAUUGUAAAAGUAUGUAAAAAGAAGCUGAAAGAUAAAGCUACUACAGAAGCAGAUAGCACUAAAAAGGAGGAAGACUCUUCAAGUUGUUCAGACAAAGUAGAGAGCCUUUCAGAUGGCAGUAGUCACAUGGCAGGCGAAUUGCCCAGUGAUGAAGAAGAUGGUGAAGAUGAAAAAUUGAACAUUUUGCCUGGUAAAGAUGAUUUGGCAACUGAAUCUGGGAACAUUUGGAUAAGAUUGCCUUCAGAUUCAACAAGCAUUCCCCAGACAGGCAGAGAAGUUGAAACAUGCACAACAGGAUCUAGGAAAACCAUAGACAGCCCUUGUAGUUCUACAGGUUCAUUUUCUCAGAGGUCUGUCCUAUCUUUAAGGGGUUCAUCGGAUGCAGACACUGUGCUUGACCUAUCUGUGAAGUCCAACCUUUCAGGAUGUGAAACUGUGAACUGCUCUUACUUUCCACCUCAAGAUGCACUAAGAAACAAUCUACUUCAGGUGAAAGUGGAAAAGGAAGCAUCCUGUGAUGUAACUGAGACUACAGAGUAUGAUUUGGAACACUGUACUGUUAAAGGAAAUGUGAGCACACAUGUCAGGGGGCCAUAUGAGCCUGUCCAUCUGACCCCGGUAAGGGAAGAUUCUGUUUUAAGGGAGUUGGAUCAUAAUGAAAAAGCUAGCGAUGAUGAAAUUAUUUCAGAAAAUGCCAGGGUUCCAAUGGAAGGUACCAUUGAGAACAGUUUGCUUCCUUAUGUUUCUAACAUGCUUAGUCCUGCAGGGCAGAUCUUCAUGUGUCCUCUUUGCAACAAAGUUUUCCCCAGUCCUCACAUCCUUCAAAUUCAUUUAAGCACACAUUUUCGAGAGCAAGAUGGAAUUCGUAGCAAGCCUGGCAGUGAUGUCCAUGUCCCCACCUGCUCUUUAUGUGGUAAGACGUUUUCUUGCAUGUACACUCUUAAACGCCAUGAGAGAACUCAUUCUGGGGAAAAACCCUUCACUUGCACUCAAUGCGGAAAGAGCUUCCAGUACUCUCACAAUCUGAGCCGGCAUGCUGUAGUUCAUACAAGGGAAAAACCACAUGCUUGUAAAUGGUGUGAAAGGAGGUUCACACAGUCAGGGGACCUUUACAGACAUAUUCGAAAGUUUCACUGUGAACUGGUGAACUCCCUGUCAGUCAAAAGUGAAACAUUGAGCUUACCAGCUGUAAGAGACUGGACCUUGGAAGAAAGCUCUCAAGAACUUUGGAAAUAAGUGUGUGUGUGUGUGUGUGUGUGUGUGUGUGUGUGUGUGCGUGCGUGUGUUCGAGAGUUUAUUCAUGUUUGUUUUAUAUGCAUGUAUCUCUGUGCGUAUGGAUAAUUAUUCAUUGUUGACAUUUUAACUAUAAAAGCACUUAUGUUUUUAGGAAUAAAUUUUUAAUUAAAAAUGUGAUGUUUAAGAGACAUUCUCUAUGACCUUAUUAGUAAAUUGAAUAAGUGGGCCUUAAUAUUUAAAAUGAACAUUUCAUGUCCACGUGGGAAAUGUAUCCAUGCAACUUUGUUUUUAAUGUGCAUAUGUGGUUUUUUUUUUUUUUUAUUUAUGAAAAUGUACACUUUGUACUACUAUAAUUUAUUUUAAGUUAUGUCUUUUAAACUACAUAAGUAAAUUAGUCUAGCAAUAUAGAAGCUGGCUAAAACCUAAAUGCUUUUUGAUAUUUAUAUUUCUGUAAUUUAAAUUUGUGUCCUACUUAAAUCAAGCUUCUAAAAUUCUGUUCAUAUUAUAUCUGCAUCCAACACUAUGCUUUGGAAAGACAAAUAUGCCAUGUUUACUGCAUUGAACUUGUGUUUGGAGCUUUAUGUUGGGUUAAAAAAAACAAAACAAAAAAAAAAACCUAUUUGAAUUUUUUUUGUCUUUUUUCAUUUUCUUUUUAUAACAAGUGCGUGUGAGGGCAUCAUAUAAUUGGACAUUACAUUAAUGCACUUACUGACUUAAAAUAUUUAUGUAUCAAAGCACGCAUUUUUAAGUACAAUUUUAUGAUUGUAUCGUGGGGAAAUAAUUUUACUUGUGAAACCUAUUGUGGUGUUAUGAAGAAUAUCAAACAUUCUUGAUUGUUUUAGGUUUGGAAUGUAUUUUAAUUUUUAUUUUUUAGUAUAGUGUUUGAAAUUUCAUAUAGUAAGCUGCAGUUUUCAACAUAUAACAUACAUGUUUACAUAUAGACUAAAAUAUGCAUGUUAAUUUAUACAAACUAAAACCUCAUACUUCAUUAAAACCUAUUAAGAUCCCAUUUUUUAUAAUCGGGUAUUAAGAAGAAAGGGUCUCAGCACUGGAAAGGUUUUGUGGGAAAAAAAAUAAAAUCUUGUGACAGCAUUUAAAAGCCAUAAUUGUCAAUGAAUUUUUAGAGUUAUGGCUACUACAAAAUGUAGCCAAACGGCAAACUGACCUUUUUUUUUUUUUAUAUGGCCAAUAUAGAAAUUUAAAGUAUUCUCUUGUACUGUAUACACAAAUGUUUGUGGUCGCAACUUGCAUAUAUUAACAAAACAAAAAAAACUAACUUGUUUUUGACCACCAAUUUGUCUUCAUUAUACAUUAUAUCUUAUUUUUAUAUAUAUUAAUAGAAAACUUGAGUACUAUGGGGGAAAAAAAACAAAAAACUAUAAACAUUGUGCUUGUGCUAAGUCUUUACUAGUUCUGAAUAAUUUUUGUUUUAAAAUGUGAAUUUUGGGUAAAGUUCCAGACAAAAAAGCUGUGAAAAUUAAGCUCUGAAACAUUGUUUUGUUACUUGAAGUUUUUGUACCAAUCAAAGUAAAUGUUAAAUCUGUAAAUUAUUUUAGUAAUUUUAGAGAAGACAAUCACAUAAAUUAAGCUAUUUUGUUUGUAUGUUUGUUUUUCUUUUAACAUUUGGAGUUUGCGCUGUGUAUUGCAUUGCUUUUAUUUUAUUUAUGGACUAGAUUGACAUCAAGCUUUGACAAUCAUGUCUUGUUUUAUUUCACUGGAAUCAGGUUUUGUAACCUUGUUUUAAUUUUUGUACCUAUGCUGGGUUCUGGUGAAUUUACAAAUCAGUGCAAACUUCAAUAAAUUAUUUCAAUUAGAAACCCAUGGUGGUUUUUUUGCGUGCUUAUGUCCUCCCAAGUUGUUCUAACCUUAUUCAUGUUUGUGUGCAUUUUAUAGAGGUUUUUUUCGUGCGUGUUUAGAAACCAGUUUGAUUCCAUUUUACGUUUAAAGAAAAUAUAACAAAU